ACGUCAAAACCAAACGCGCACAUUCUGUAAACAAAAGGUUUUUUGCUCUCCGACCGUUGUUCUUCCGAAAAUUUAACUUUUUUCAGUCGAAUCUCCCAGAACGCCGCCACAAUGCCAUCCGAUCAGAUCCAGUACUCGGAGAAGUACUUCGACGACGUGUACGAGUAUCGGCACGUCAUACUGCCCCAGGACCUGGCCCGCAACGUUCCCAAGUCUCACUUGAUGACGGAAACGGAGUGGCGGAACCUGGGCGUGCAGCAGAGCCCCGGCUGGGAAAUGUACAUGAUUCACGUUCCGGAGCCACACAUCUUGCUCUUCCGACGACCGCGCACGGAUCUACCGCCGAAGACGGCUGCGGCCGGCGGCCAGGGCUCAUCGCGAUUGGCAGUUUGAGUAGCUGGUCGAUGGGAGUUGGAGGCCAAACCUUGAGAUUAUAAGAUUACUCUUAACUAGUUUGUAAGAUACUACAGUAUGAUUCUCUCCGGAGAAACCGGCUAUCGAUUCGGGUGGAACAUGGAUUUCUUUCAAAGAAAUAAAUAAACAGAUGUUACAACGUUGA